AUGUCGUUUGUUAAACCUACCACUCAUAUUUUGUUAUAUUCCUUUUUAUUUGGCGGUGUUACCUUUUAUUCAUAUUUUGCAUCACCAAUUGCUUUUAAGACCCUAGAAAGAAAACAAUUUUCAAUUUUGCAACAUAAAGUUUUCCCAGGGUUUUUCACGUUUCAAACACUCAUCCCAAUUGCUUUGUAUUUAACUUAUCCACUACCUAUUUCCACAGCUGGUAAUACAAUUAAAGCACUCUUAUCCAUUGCUUCCAUAACAGGUUUAGCUAAUCUAGCUUGGAUCUCACCAUGGUGCCAAGAGAUUAAGGAAAAAAGAAGUAAGGUCGAAGAAGCUAGUGCCGAGGACCUUGCCUUAAGAAAAGAGUUUGGUAAAGCGCAUGGUUUGAGUUUAUUGUUUAAUCUAUCUCAUGCUGUUAGUUUGCUUGCCUACGGUGUACUUUUCACCAGGAAGGUGUUUAAGUAUAUCCCAAAGUAA